CCAAGACGAUCAGUAACGACAAACAAAUCAAAAUUGUGGAAAAAAUAAAAAAACAACAGUAUUACGAUUUUUUGUAUAUAAAAAGCACGUGCUGCAACAUUAGAUUGAGAAAUUUUGUAAAAAUAAAAUAACAAAUAUUAAAAUAAAGAACUUGCGAAAAGAAGAAGGAAUGAAAAUAUAAGAUAACUUAUAUAAUUUAAUGCAAAAGUAUAUAAAAAAAUACUAGGCUAUGCUAAUACUGGCAAUAUUUGAAGCAUACUUGUAUAAAGCCUUUUGAUGGCGGAAGUGCAUGUCAUCGGACAAAUUUUGAAAGCCGUUGAUUUCACGGAACCACACCUCUACUGCAAGUGGAGCCUACAAAGCGGUAGCGCCUGGAAACUCGUACAAGGCGAAGUAACCGGUCAAACGCUUGUCUGUUCGAAUCGCUUAGAACAGUCUUCCGAUUUUGCACAUCCCUUGGAUAUACAUCUGGCCACGGUUUCCAUACAGGGUUGGCCCAAAUUGCAUGUAGAAGUGUACGCAUUGAAUGUGCUGCAUAAAAGUUGGCCAGUUGGUUACGGUUUCGUGCAUAUACCAAGCCGACCGGGUGCACAUCGCUUAGAAGUGUUGACUUGGAAAGUGGCACCACUCACUUGGUACGAUAGUGUGCGUGAGAAAUUCGGUGGUGGAGGAGUGGGACUAAGUAAAGCGGAUCUAAUCUAUACAGGUGUGGAGAGAUAUAAACUACAAACACGCUCAUCUGGAAAAAUUAUCAUCGACCUUAAUUUAAUUUUUCGCAAUUUCGCUAAAUUUGGCGUGGAAUUUAAGUGAAAAUAAUUAUUUAAAAAUAAAUAAAAAAUGAAGAAAAUACUCACAACAGCACAGCUCUUGCUGUUGCUGCAAAUUGUGUGCGCAGUGAAAAUUGGUAUUUCGAGAAUAAAUUUAGAUAUAACAAGCACCACUACUACAACUACAACAACCGCACAAAUGCCGCCAAGUUCCACAGAACCCACAACGGUAGUUGACUUGUUAGAGAGCACCGCAACAUCUGAUUUUACAGAAAUAGAAACCGAGUUUACUAGCCCUACAACAACUACGGCCGUAAUAACAACAACAACCACAAUAAAACCUAACUUUACGAUUUCCAUAUUUCCACCACGCUUAAGGACUACAAAAUCACCAAAAAUUACAACAACAACUACAUCAACGCCGUCUACAGUAGCGAGUACGACAGCCACUAAUAUAGCAGAAAAUACAUCCGAAGUUUCGAAUGAUAAUAACCACUCAAUCAAAACGCAUUCAGGUCAGGGCGUCUAUUAUUGCAACUGCGAUCUUUUGCUGGAUGCUUGCGACAUAAAUUGUUGUUGUGAUAGAGAUUGUACGCAGGAAGCAUUAAAUGUAUUUGAUUGCAAUAAUCAACCAAUGGAAAAAAAGUUAAAAAACCGUUUAGAGGACUUUCAAUAUCAACAUGGAUUGCCAUCGUGCAAAGUAAACGAUGGUUGGCUGUGCGUCUUUCGCACGAAUACGCGAAAGGAGCAACAGAAAUUACCCGAAAUUAAUUUGAAUACAAAGCACUACUAUAAAUGGCCUACACCUAUUUGGGAUACCGUUAGCGAACAACAUGCUGAAGAAAAUAUGAACUUAUACAAAUAUGGAGACCCUCUACAAUUCCUAAAUAUGAAAACAAUGUCACUAAAACAAUUUGAUCUUCCAAAUACUUUUCAACCGCCACACUGUCAAAUAAUGGAAUCUGUCAAAUUUUUAAAAACAUACAAAGUCGACUGUUUAUUAGCCACAUUAGAAGAACUACAAUUAAGCGCCAGAAAUAUACUAAAUUUUAUGCAAAAUAACAAAUUACUCUUAAAACCCAUAAACGAGGCCAACGAACCGGGGUAUAUUAUGAAUAUUUUAAGCGACCUUAAAUUACAAAUUUGUGAAAGUGAAUUAUGUGAAAUAAUGCCACUAAAUAACAGCACUGCUGUAGAACAUCGUCUCAAGUUCCUCUACCCCGCAGAGAUCAAAUUUCAACUGUUACAUAACUACACACAACUUUUGGGUGGCUUGGUAGAGUUCAGUGCUAUAAAUACUACGCUAAACAGCAGAGAAUUAUGGCAAACAUACCACUUGCAAUAUAUUUACAAAAAUAUAACAUUUAAGGAUGUAAGCAAAGAAAUAAAUGAGACUGCUUACAAUGUAGAAACAGUCAAACUUACUUCUGGACCUUUGGGUUAUACAGAAGGCAAACCUAUAAUUGUAGCGCGCUUUAUAGCAAACAAUCAAAGUGCCGCAUUAACGCAAACAAAUCAAGUUUUAAAUUAUUUCCAUGUAAAUGCCACAAAAUCGUCUGCAAAUCACACACUUUCUUUAUUCACCACACACCAACGCUUUUGCCACCACGAUGCUGCGCCGGCAAACCUUAUAAACUAUGGCAUAAAUGUGCUAAAGCAAUGCAAGCUGCGUUUUAAUAAUGAAAGCCUCACGAAAAUAUCCCAAAAAGAACGCAAUUUCACUGAAAUUUGCGUACAACUACAAGCCCAAAUCACAGCACAGUUAUUUGCUGCUGAUGUUUUUCUGUGGGAUGAAAAAUUUCCGGAAUUAUUUAUCUCUCAAUUGGGACGACCAGAAAAUCGUAGCGACAAAUGGACGCCUUUAAAAGUAGAAAAUCAAAAUUUUGCGCCCAUAAGUGGUGAAUUCAAUGCGCAGACACAAAGUUUUAGUUGUCGAAAUAUGUUACUAAAUAUUGCUUACGAGUUCCUAGUGGGUCAAUUUACCGAAGCGGGUAUAGCACAGCAGUCAUUGGUUCAGCAGGCAACACUGCUGUUUGGCGAACGUAAUGAUUUGGAAUUCGAAAUGGAUGAAAAGAUCGAGGUGCCAUUGACGGUAUCCGUUAUAUUCUUUGAUUAUUCUAAAGACGUACAUAACUGCGGGAUUUCGAGUUAUAAUGCUAGGAUCAUAUGGUUUAUUAUAUUAAUGAAUUUUGUAACUUCAUACGUAAACCCUUAAAUAUUUAUAAAUUAACCACUAGAAAAAGUAGUGCUUAGUUUGUAGUAAUGCCUAUGAGACCGUAAUUAGUAUGUAAUUAGCAUUCGAAAUUCAAUUAAAAUAAAGCGUAGUAAUGAAUAUUUAUAAUAUA